CGGUCAGUGACAAAAGGUGAGCGUUCCGUCCGCGUCGUCCCUGCAAGGCGCUGUGCUGUGCGCAUGCGCAUCCCGCCCCGGCGCCAGCGACGCGACUUAUCAUUGUAAAUUCUCCCGAAAAGAUGAUGCAUCCCGCACUGCACUAAGUUUUCGUGUUUGGAGCUAUUGACUCUCGGACUCGAGUACCCUUAACAAAUUAUUUUCGUUUUCUUUGUUCGCUCAUAACAAAGCAUUGAAAAAAUAAACAAAAUGGUCAGUGGCAACAAGGACCCCAGCGACCCCAAGAAAAUACCGCCGAAAAAUCGUGAAAAGAAAAGCAAUAACUACAAGCGGGCGAAUCCUGUGUCGCGAGCAUGGUUCGUUUGGAUGAUGCCGACCUUCUGGCGCGGCUACAAGCGGGACCUCUACGACUCCGACCUUACCAAUCCCAAAGAUAAUCAUCUCUCCAAUAAACUUGGCGAUCGCUUGGAAAAGAAAUGGAUGGAAGAAAUCGCUUUGGCGAGCAAACAGGGCCGGAAACCGUCGCUUCUCCGCGCGAUGACCAAGGCAUUCUGGUUGAGCUACGCUCCUUCCGGCAUCAUGUUUUUCAUUCAAGCCCUCAUCCUCAAACCCUUCCAACCGGUUGCGUUGAGUAUGCUCUUGGCUUACUGGGAACCAGGCUCGACAAUGACGUACGACCAGGCAGUGUACUGCGCCUCGGCCGUCAUCGUCAUGUCCCUUCUGGUCGCGUUCUUCAACCACCACGGCACCUACUCGACGCAACAGUUCGGCAUGAAGGUCCGCAUCGCUGCCUGCUCACUCAUUUAUAGAAAGGUGAUGCGCAUGAGCUCCGGAGCGCUAGCACAGACAACGGCGGGACAGGUCGUCAACCUCCUGUCUAACGAUGUAAACCGCUUCGACUACGCCUUCAUCUAUACGCACUUCAUCUGGCUGCUGCCUCUGCAAGUCGUCCUCGUCUGCUACCUCAUCUACUCCAAGAUCGGCAUCGCAGCCGUCGUCGGCGUCGUUGGAAUUGUUCUACAAACCAUACCCGUACAAUCAUAUAUGAGCAAGUUGGCUGCUCGCUUGCGUAUGAAGACCGCUUGCAAGACGGAUGAGCGAGUGCGCAUUAUGGAUGAAAUCAUUAACGGAAUGCAGGUCAUUAAAAUGUACGCUUGGGAGAAACCUUUUGAAAAAGUCGUGGCUUUGGCAAGAAAGAACGAAAUCAAAUGCGUAACUUCUGCUUCAUACCUCCGCGGUGUGUACCUCAGCUUCAUGGUGUUUACGGAACGGCUGACGCUUUACACAACGCUACUCUCUUACUCAUUACUCGGCUACCAAGUUACUGCUGACAUCGCUUUCCCCAUGGCUCAAAUGUUCAACAUACUGCAAGCGACUGUAGCCAUCGUCUUGCCGAUGACACUUUCACAAUCGAUGGAGGCCUACACUUCCGUACUUCGUAUACAGGCUCUUUUACUAUUGGAUGAACGCGAAGAUCUUCGAAGCGUUCCCGACGUUGAUAUUGCUAAGCUCGUGCAAAGAGUUGAACAAAAGAAAAAUAAUAAUUUAGGUGAAAUAGAUCUUUGUUCGGACACAUUCAAGAAAAUUGAUGAGGAUGGAAUCUUUAAUCCAGGAUUUGAAUGCAGCGAGAAAGGAUUAAUGAAUCAAGCGCUGGCUACUCUACCAUUGAGUCCUGAGCUGGGAAUACAGAUACAAGAUGUGAGUGCUAGUUGGUCGGAUAAGGGUCCGAUGACGCUCCGUAAUAUCAACCUGACAGUACCAAAAGGAAAGCUUUGCGCUAUCAUUGGAUCCGUUGGCUCAGGAAAGAGUUCUAUUCUUCAACUUCUUCUAAGCGAGCUGCGAUCCACUCAAGGCCGCGUGCACCUCUCCGGCCCAUUGUCCUAUGCCUGCCAAGAACCAUGGCUGUUUGUAGCCACCGUGCGACAAAAUAUUCUGUUUGGUUUACCGUACAAUCCUAAAAAAUACAAGGAGGUUGUCAAAGUUUGUGCUCUACAAAAGGACUUCCAACAAUUCCCACACGGCGAUCAAACACUGGUAGGCGAGAGAGGCGCCUCCUUGUCUGGCGGACAACGCGCGAGGAUCAACCUCGCCCGAGCGGUCUACAGACAGGCGGACAUCUACCUGCUGGACGACCCGCUGUCGGCAGUGGACGCACACGUGGGCAAGCAGCUGUUCAACGAGUGCAUCACAGGCUACCUACGACACACCACGCGCGUGCUAGUCACACACCAGCUGCAUUACCUCAAGGCGGCUGAUUACAUCGUCAUCAUGAACAACGGUUCGAUAGAAGCUAAGGGCUCAUACGAUGAAUUGAUUACAUCAGGCAAAGACUUUGCGGUACUACUCUCUUCCCUGCAAGAUGAGAAUAACACUAACGAGAAUGAAAAGCCUCUGCCAAUGUCUAGACGCACUUCAGCUAGGUUAUCUACAACCCGAAGGCCGUCUCUAACCGAAUCAACCACUGGAUGCGAGAUACCAGCGCAAGAAAUGGAAGAAGAACAGCGUGAGUCAGGGUCUAUGGGCUGGCAUGUCUACGGAGCAUACUUGAGGGCUGGAGGAAAGAGUCCAAGAUUGAUAUUCAUGGUCUUUUUGCUAAUCAUUGGACAACUAUCUGCCACUUUGUGUGAUUACUGGGUCACUUUCUGGACAAAUGAAGUAACGAGACAAAAAGAAAGAGAAUCUAACAGUACAAUGAAUGACUACGACCGACCACAAGCCACUGCAAACAGUACCUUUAGCAUUUUGAACUACUUCUCCGGCAUCGAAGUACAACCAGAUCUGAACAUUCACGCAUACAUCGGGCCUUUGGACACUGCUCAGUACCUAUAUGUGUACAGCGCACUUAUCGUGUGCUGUAUCUUCUUCAUCACGGCUCGCGCAUUCAUGUUCUUCAAAGUUUGCAUGACGGCAUCCAGGAAUCUCCACAAUGAUAUGUUCCAUUCUAUGCUCCGAGGCGUCAUGCGUUUCUUUGACACUAAUUCUUCAGGUCGUAUUUUAAAUCGUUUCUCGAAAGACAUUGGUGCCCUCGAUGAACUCCUGCCGCGGUUCCUGCUGGAAUGUAUUCAGAUUUAUUUGGUGAUGUUCAGCAUUUUGGCGCUGAACGCCGCAGCGCUCGUAUGGACUUUACUCCCUACCACCAUCAUCCUACUCUUGUUCUACACCAUACUACAAAUAUAUUUGAAAUCUGCGCAGUCCAUCAAGCGAUUAGAGGGAACAACUCGGAGUCCUGUAUUCUCUCACAUGUCUGCGACACUCAAUGGUAUUAGCACAAUUCGAUCUUCUGGAGCCCAACAGAGAUUAAUUCAAGAGUUCGAUCGUUUCCAGGAUAUACAUACCUCAACGUGGAGCAGCUACCUAGCGAGCGGCGUCACGCUCGGCUUCUGGCUCGACUUCAUCUGCGUCCUCUACCUUACUAUUGUUAUCGUCGCCUUCCUCGUCAUUGACAGCAAAACCAUUUUCUCUGGUAACGUUGGCUUGGCGAUUUCCCAAACUCUUAUCCUAACUGGGAUGCUUCAAUUCGGCGUGCGACAGACUGCAGAAGUAAUAUCACAGAUGACCAGCGUUGAGCGAAUCCUGCAGUACACUCAUAUCGAACGGGAACCGCAGUGGGACAAAGGAGCAAAAGAAACACCAAAAGGAUGGCCAUGGCAAGGACGUAUUGAAUUCCGUAACUGUUACAUGAAGUACACACCUGAAGAUUUACCUGUUCUUAAAAAUCUAAACUUAGUUAUUGAAAAAGGCUGGAAGGUGGGUAUUGUGGGCCGUACCGGCGCUGGCAAGUCCUCUCUCAUAUCGUCUCUGUUCCGGCUAGCAAUAGUCGAAGGAGAAGUCCUCAUAGAUGACGUAGACACAUCUCAACUUUCCCUACAGGAAGUACGGUCGAAAAUAUCCAUCAUUCCACAAGAGCCGGUACUUUUCUCAGCAACAGUCCGCUAUAAUCUAGAUCCCUUUAAUAAUUAUGAAGAUGAGCAAUUGUGGAAAGCUUUGGAAGCCGUUGAUUUGAAGGCAGCAAUCCCAGCGUUAGAUUUCAAAGUGUCAGAAGGAGGGUCAAACUUCUCACUGGGUCAGCGGCAAUUGGUAUGCCUCGCACGCGCCAUCCUGCGCGGAAACCGUAUCCUCGUAUUGGACGAAGCUACUGCGAAUGUCGAUCCAAAAACUGAUGAAUUCAUACAGAGAACGAUAAGGAAAAAAUUCGCCGACUGCACAGUGUUGACGGUUGCUCAUCGUCUGAACACCAUAAUGGACUCCGACAGGGUUAUGGUCAUGGAUGCCGGAAGACUGGUAGAGUUUGAUCAUCCUUAUCAUUUGCUGAACAAUCCAAAUGGUUACUUCACAAAAAUGGUGCAAGAAACAAACGAAACGAUGUCCGCACAACUUCACCAAAUCGCGAAAAACACUUUCCUCGACAGCGGCGGAGUGAUAGAAUAAAAUAACUAUUUUUAUAACGUAGAAUAGUAUUUUAGGAAUAAGUUAUUCAGUGAGCUAUAAUGCAGUUAAUAGUUAUGUUCCAAAAAAAUAUUUACGUACUACAUUAUGUACAAAAACUUUAAAAGGAUUUGUGGUAUCAAAGUUUAACGGAUUAAAACGGGUUAUCUGGCACGAUGUUUUCCUGUAUUAAAAUCGUAAUAAAAGAGCCCGAAAAAGUUAUUUAAUAUUAUAGAACUGAAAUCUUGAAAUAUGAAUUUAACGAUAUUAAAUGGCUAACAUGGUAUCCGUUGAAGGACGUAUCACUAGAAUGAAUUUAAUUUAGCAUUUAUUAACUCCUGCAGAUCCGGGAGCGAAACUAAAAUUAUGAACAAAUCCUAGUUUUUCAGUAUAUUUAGAUAUGUAGUAGAUGAUGUACGAACAAUAUUAAACUAUAUAAUUUUAUCUUAAUAUUUACUUAGGAAUAGUAUUUUCGUAUAUACACUGUAAUAUUUAAACCAGAAUUAUUCAGUUGUUGUAAAUAGAACUUUGUUUUUUUAUUAUAUUUGGUCGUGAAUGAAUAAAUGAUGGAGUAGCAAUAUACUAUUAAUUAGGUACAGUAAUAUAAGAAAUUAUGUUAUUUAAUUUAUUACUAUUACCAUUAAUUACGAUUUUAAUAAGUACUGAAAAUGAUAGUUGUGAUUGCCAUAGAGGUUGACCUCGGACAAAAUAAAAAACCUUU